AUGACGGAGGAAAAUUCUCUUCAGUCAAGAGCUGAAGAAAACACAACUGAGGCGUUUGGCGAUAUUGCCCAGAAACUUCUUAAUGAACUAGAAGGCGAUGAAGACCUGGAGACGUACCGGAACGAAUAUGGAAAUCUUGUCAAAGCCCUGCAGAAGUCCAAAGACAAUGAGAGGGGGAUCUUGAUGAAAUGCGUGGAGUUUAAAGCAGUGACAGUAUCCAACUCAGUCAAGCUGGAUACUGCUCAAAAGUUGGUCGGAGACGAUAAAAACACUGCCAUAAUCUUGAAGAAGGAAGUGAAUGACACUUGGCGAAGAGCGGAUAUAGCUCGUGGUAAAGAGGCGGAUACGAGGGAGACAAUUGAAAAUUUGGAGCAUGAAAUUAAAACCCUGACAGAGCUUCUCAGACAAGGAGCUAUGGGUCAGAUGUUCAAUUUGGAUGAUCUGCUGAAAACCAGUGAUGAGCUAACACAGGAACGAGAUGACCUCCUGACUGAGGUGGUGAACAUAAGGGACAAUCUUACAAACGCCACCACUACGCAACAAGAGCUGGAAGUCCUACAGGAAAAGGCCAUGGAGAAUAUAUUACAGCUUCAGCAGGAGAUGCAGGUGGCCCAGGACGAGGUUUCUCGUGAGACACUGAGAAAGGAGAAGGCAGAGAGUGACCUUGAGCAGCUGCACUCAGAGCUGGAUGCCAAGCAGUCAAAAAUCAAAGUUCUGACUAAGCAGAACCAAAAGAGCAAGGACCGGCAGCAGAAGCUGGAAAAACACCUGCAAGAGCAGAGGGUCCUCACUGAGAAGGUCGCAAUGGAACUAGAGAAGCUGAAAACCAAGAAUGCAAAACUGCAGCAUGAGAAGGAGUACACUGCUGAGAGUGUAGAGCAGCUCACCUUGGAGAAUCAGCAAAGGGCGUCGGAGCUAAAGAUAAAAGAGGACGAGGCUGAUGAGAUACGUGAGGAGAUAUCCAAAAUAGAGCUGAUGAGGGAGACCAGUCAGAGGAAAUUACAUCAGAUGGAGGACCAGAAAAUGGAAAUGGAACAACAGAGAGAAAUGAUGAAAAAACAGAUGGCAGCACUGGAGAGAGAACUGGAAUCUACACAAAAACAGAUGAAGAUUGAUAAGAAAGCUAUAAGGGAACUGAUGCGAGAGAGAGACAUCCUAAAAACAAACGUGAUCAAAGCUGCCAAUGAGACAAAGAGGCAGCUGAAUGUGGGGAAGCUCCAUGAGCAGUCCAAGAAGAGCCUGGAACAGGAGAUCAGAAACUACAAGGAGGAAGCUCAAAAACAACAUAAGAAGAUCAGUCAGCUGGAGAAAGAGAGAGACCGCUAUGCUAAUGAAGUCAAUGAAAUCACAGAGAAGACUCACCACCUGACCGAGUAUUCCAGACUGAGAGAAACUCAGAUCUAUGAGUACAGAAAGAAGAUUGCUGAUGUGGAGAAAAGAGUCAAACAGCAACAGCUUCUCUAUGAGGCAGUGAGAUCUGACAACACCCUCCACAACAAGCACCUCAAUGAAAUUCAGGCUGACAUUACUGAAGUGAAGACACAGUUGAAGAUGAUGCAAUGUGAUGCCGACCAGUUGAAAGAGGAGAUAAGUGGAAAGGAAUCUGCUCUGGAAAAGGAAACUGCAGAAUUCCUGGAAGUGGAGGAGGAGAAUGAGGAACUUAAGGAAGAGCUUCAGAAUAUGAAACAGCAGGCUCAAGACACAAAGCAGCUCAUUGACCAUCAGGAGGAAGAGCAGAUAAAGCUCCUCAAGAUCAUAGAUGAUACUGACGCUGAAAGACAAAGACAGAGGAAACAGCUGAAUCAGGUGAUUCGUGAGCGGGAUAUUCUGGGCAGGCUGCUGGUGGACCGAAAUGCAAAAGUGGAGCUCCUGUAUAAGAAGUUGAAGGCACAACGGUCCUUGAUGAUUAAGGGAGAGAUGCAGUAUAACCAGAUGCUUGAGAACAUCAGGUUGUUGAAACUGGAGAUCAAGAAGCGGGGCCAAGAGAAGUUCAUUGUGGCCAAAAAAGUGGCUAAUGUCGAAGACCUUCGACGUGAGAUGAAUCACAUACAAAAGGAACUCCUUAAACAACAGACAAUGUGCCGAGCUUUGGAAGAAGACAUUGAAAUUCUGAAGAAUAUACAUAGAUGGAGAAGGCUGGAGGUCAGUGACCCAAGUACCUUCCAGCUGAUCCAGAAGAUUCACUUCUUGCAGAAGUGUCAGAUAAUAAAGAAUAAGGAGUUAGAAGAAAAGGAGCUUUUAUUACAGGAGAAGCAGAAGUUCUAUGUGAAACUGAGGCACAUUGUGGCCCGCCAGCCUGGUCCGGAGGUAACCGAACAACUUCAGCUCUACCAGCAGACACUGAGGGAGAAGACAAAGGAACUCAAGACGCUACAGUCAGACCUGAGCACAUGUCUGGUGCAUAAAAAUGAGCAUAAAAAAAUGAUUGAGAGAUUAGACCAUGAGCUUCAAAUUGUCAAGAAGAAGUACUUUGCUCAGAAGCGCAAAGAGGACCAGUCCAGGGAAAAGGUCAGGAACAUUGGCACAAUAUCAGCCCUACAAAUCCCAUCAGCCCCCAGCCCUUGGGUCCUUCAGCUGCUGGAGACUGUCUUGCUGGUGCCCUUGAACGAACAGAGAGAACCCAUAUUUCUGAAGAACAAACCCAAGGAAACAUUUCAAUGA